UCAUCAUCAGCGCCAGUGUGAAAGUGAGGCAUUCGGAGGGACCGGUUUGACAGUCACGAGACAAUAACAAAUGCGUCUCCCGAAUAUCGUUUUCUUGUAUGUUGGCAUCAAACAAACGCGUCUUGCACAAAUGGUGAACGGAUAGGAAGACAUGGAUCGCUGAGGACAGCCAUGGUGCUUAUCAAUUCUGUACUCAAACUCCUGCAGAGACAGACCUACACUUGCCUGUCUCAUCGGUAUGGGCUCUACCUUUGCUUCGGAGGAAUCGUCCUCAUGAUCGUGUCUGCAUUUCAGUUCGGGGAGGUUUUGGUGGAGUGGAGCAGGGAUCAGUACCACGUGCUGUUCGACUCCUACAGAGACAAUGUGGCUGCAAAAUCCUUCCAGAACCGCCUGUGCCUGCCCAUGCCCAUUGACGUGGUGUACACCUGGGUGAACGGCACGGACGGCGGCCUGGUGAAGGAGCUGCGCGCGGUGAGGGAGCAGCUGCAGGAGGAGCUGAGAGCGCGCAGGGAACGGCUGGGAAAGAACUCGAGCGACGCAACGGACGUGCCGAAGAGCAGUGAGAAGCCCGAGUGCCUCCUGUCCCACUGUAUCGUGGCACCCAUCCUGGUGCUGGACCCCGCCCUUCCUGCCAACGUCACCCUGAAGGACCUGCCAUCACUGUCGCCCUCCUUCACCCCCGCCAAACAGCUGCUGCAGCUGGCCAAGCCUCGCAACCCCGCCACCAGCGUCACGGUCCUGCUGUUCCACUCCCAUAGCGACGCUGAUAAAGCCCAUGCAGACGUGCCAAACCCCACCCUGAAACACACCAUCUCCCGCGGUUACCUGACUACAGACAAGGAGGCCCCAGGCCUGGUGCGCAUGCAGACCCUGGCCUACCUGAGCGGCUUCCCUCCCUCGCUCAAGGAGACGGAGCAGCUGAGGGUCAAGCUGCCCUCCACUGUCACCAGCAAGAUCAAACAGCUGCAGCUGUACUCGGAGGCCAGCAUCGCCCUGCUCCACCUGAACGGCCCACAGGACUUCGCCGAUCUGACCCAGCAGGCCCGGAAGAACCUGACCCUGGACGGGAAAGAGCUGACCGUCAGCCCCGCCUUCCUGUUCUGGGACCUCAGUGCCAUCAGCCAGUCCCGGCACGACGAGGACGUGUCGGCGAGUCGCUUCGAGGACAACGAGGAGCUCCGCUAUUCGCUGCGCUCGGUGGAGAGGCACGCCCCCUGGGUGCGGCACGUCUUCAUCAUCACCAACGGCCAGAUCCCGUCCUGGCUCAACCUGGACAACCCCCGCGUCACCGUGGUGACGCACCAUGAGAUCUUCCAGAACGAGUCCCACCUGCCCACCUUCAGCUCCCCCGCCAUCGAGACCCACAUCCACCGCAUCCCCGGCCUCUCGCAGAAGUUCGUCUACCUGAACGACGACGUCAUGUUCGGGAAGGACGUGUGGCCCGACGACUUCUACAGCCACUCCAAGGGACAGAAGGUUUACCUCACCUGGCCUGUACCGAACUGUGCAGAGGGCUGUCCCGGUUCCUGGAUCAAAGAUGGCUACUGUGACAAAGCCUGUAAUAAUUCCGCCUGUGACUGGGAUGGAGGAGACUGCCUAGGAACGGCAGGGAACAGCCGGUUUGGGGCAGGGGGCGGAGCCGGCGGCGGCGCGGGGGGACUCGGUCAGCCCUGGCAGUUCGGGGGCAGCUUGGGCGGCAUGGGGGGCGUGUCCUACUGCAACCAGGGCUGCGCCAACUCCUGGCUGGCGGACAAGUUCUGCGACCAGGCCUGCAACGUGCUGUCCUGCGGGUUUGACGUGGGGGACUGUGGGAAAGAUCACUUCGACCAGCUGUACAAGGUGACCCUGCGGAAGGACGUCAGCCACUACGUGCUCCCCGUGGGCGAGACCAGGCCCUACUUCAGCUUCGAGGGGCUGGCCCGGCGGGUGUCGGAGGCCCACGUGAGCGGCGACCCCGCCGUGCGCCACACGUCCGUCGCCAACAAGUGGAAGACGGUCCACCUGCUCCUGUACCCCGGCGUCAACGCCACGCGGAUCAGCUACAACCUCACCUUCCAGGCGGAGGACGACCGCGAGUUCGCCGUGGCCUUCACGGUCGACGUGGACACCCGCGAGGUCGCCCGCGGCAACGGGACCCGGGGCGGGGGCGCCCUCGCCCCGGGGGAAGGCGGCGAGGCGGGGACGGCGGCCCCGAAAGCCAACCCGGAGCCCGAGGUCCGGUUCCAGGACGUCCCGCCGGAAAGGCGGGGCCCCAGGGUGCGGAAGCGGGGGCCGGGGCCGGUGGAGGUGAGGGUCCCGGCGCUGAACGUGUCGCUGCUCCCCGCCGACGUGCAGAGCGAGCUCCGGCGCCUGGACCACAAGCUCCUGACGGGGGACAUCACCCAAAAAGGGUACAACCUCACCAAGGCCGCCCUGCUCCAGCCCUACGACACCCCGGCCCUGCGCGCCUCGACCCCGCCCGCCGGCCCCGCCCCCGCCCCCGCCCGGCCGGCCGGCCCCCACAGGCCUUACAAAGACAUGGGAGCGGAGGAGCCCGGGAUAGCCAGGUCCUCCGAGGCGGGGGAAAGCGAGGGCGAGAAGGUCCCGGGGCCGUCCCCCGUCCCGGUGCGAAUCGACGACCGGCGGGCCGGGGACGGGGACGCGGGCGCGCCUCCGGAGGAGGUCGGCGAGGCGCGGCCCAACGGGACCGGGGGCCCCCACCCGCCCAAACUGCUGAGCGCCCUCGUGGGGAGCAGCUCCAGGACUAGGGACGGGGAGGGGGAGGGGCAGCCCCGGGAGGGAGACGCCCCUCAGGAGGCGGAGCCCGGGCAGGGGGUGGGGGGGGGCAGGGCGCUCCUCGGCUGGGGGCUCCAGCACUACACCUCCGCCGACCGCGGCUUCCUGCCCUGGGAGAGGAGGAAGUACUUCAGAGACCUGCUGGAGGAGGAGGAGCGCCUGGAGCGGGAGCUCUCCUACCAGGCGGACGGCGCCGCCGCUGGCCGGAGGCUGCGCGACACCUUCGCCGACUCCCUGCGCUACGUCAACAAGCUGCUCAACGGGCAGUUCGGCUUCACCUCCCGCAAGGUCCCCGCCCACAUGCCCCACAUGAUCGACCGCCUCGUCAUGCAGGAGCUGCAGGACAUGUUCCCUGCGGAGUUUGAUAAGACCUCCUCGCACAAGGUGCGCCACUCGGAGGACAUGCAGUUCGCCUUCUCCUACUUCUACUACCUGAUGAGCGCGCUCCAGCAGCUGGACGUGGCGCGGGUGUUCGACGAGAUCGACACCGACCGCUCCGGCGUCCUCUCCGACCGCGAGAUCCGCACCCUGGCCACGCGCAUCCACGAGCUGCCCCUCAGCCUGCAGGAUCUCACGGGCUUGGAGCAAAUGCUGAUAAACUGCUCAAAGACCCUUCCGAGCAACCUCACCCAACUGCACGUGGUCAGCCCCACCCAGGAGGCCUACUACGACCCCAGCAUGCCUCCGGUUACCAAGGGACUGGUCGUCAACUGCAAGCCAAUCACAGACCGCAUCCACAAGGCCUUCAAGGACCAGAACAAGUACAAGUUCGAGACCAUGGGGGAGGAGGAGAUCGCUUUCAAGAUGGUGCGGACCAACGUGUCGCACGUGGUGGGCCAGCUGGAUGACAUCAGAAAGAAUCCCAGGAAGUUCAUCUGCCUGAACGACAACAUCGACCACGGCCACAAGGACGCGGCCACGGUCAAGGCGGUGCUGCGCGACUUCUACGAGUCCAUGUUCCCCGUGCCCUCGCAGUUCGAGCUGCCCCGGGAGUACCGCAACCGCUUCCUCCACAUGGGCGAACUGCAGGAGUGGCGUGCUUACAGGGACAAGCUCAAGUUCUGGACCCACUGUGUGCUGGUGACCCUGGUGGCCUUCACCAUCGUCUCCUUCUUUGCCGAGCAGCUGAUCAUGCUGAAGCGGAGGCUGUUCCCGAGGAGGAGGGUCAGCAAGGAGGCCAACCCCCAGCGGGUCUGACGGACGGACCAUCGCGCUCUCUCUCUCUCUCUCUCUCUCUCUCUCUCCUUCCGUCCUUCUCCCCCAUUUCUCUCUCUCUUCCUCCUGUCGUCCUUCUCUCCUCCUCCCUGUCGUCCCUCUCUUCCCUAGCUGGUCCUCCCCGCUCCCUCCGGCUGUCGUCUCUCUCUUCAACCUGUCCUUCCUUCCCUUCCUCCUCUCCUCGUCUCUCCCUCUCUCUCUCUUGCGGAGAGGAAGACGAGGGCAAAGGAAAAAAAGGAGGAAGACUGAAAGAUCUGAAAGGAACUUCGGCAGGUGUUUGGGGGGGGGGGGGGGGGAGGA